AUGACCAAUUCAACUGAAGAACAAGAGCAAGCAGCAAAACGAUGGAUGAUCAUAGGAGCCUAUCAAGCAGGCGCAUCAGAAAGAAAAAUUGCUCGUUUAUCUGGUCUUUCAACAACAGCCGUUCGUCAUAUCAUCUUGAAUUACCAACAAAGUGGAAACCCUUCUAUACCCAAAAAAGUGCCCAAGAGAGUAAGGGAAAAACUAAUUGUCGAAUAUGACGAGGAUGGAAAUAUAAUUGAAUCUGAAGACGAAGAAGACGAAGAAGAAGAAGAAGAUAAUGAAUCAUCCAGAAAGAGAACAAAAUAUGAUGAAUCUUCACAGGUAAAGCCACAAGCACCAAAAACACAAGUGACUAAACAUCUAAAAGUCUCCUAA